AUGGCUUUGCUUUUGACCUCGCCGGCGAUGAGGCAGAAGCCGGCGGCCACAGCUUGUCGUCCUCGCCGUGGAUUGGGAUCUUCUUCUUCUCGUCGUCUUCGAGUUUCUUGUGUUACCACGAACCAUGCUAGGGAAAAAAACGAAACAUGCAAUCAGUUGCGACCCAUCAAAGAAGUAAAUAACCAAAUAACACACACAAUACCACAAGAAAAGCUUGAGAUCUUCAAAUCAUUGGAGAAUUGGGCAGAACUAAAACUCUUACCUUAUCUCAAACCGGUCGAAGAUUCUUGGCAACCACAAGACUUUUUACCGGCGCCGGAGACCGACGACGGAUUCUACGACCAAGUCAAAGAGAUUAGAGAUCGAACAAAAGAGAUUCCCGACGAUUACUUUGUGGUUCUUGUGGGAGACAUGAUCACAGAAGAAGCACUUCCAACGUAUCAAACGACGUUAAACACACUUGACGGUGUUAAAGAUGAAACCGGUGGGAGUUUAUCGCCGUGGGCGGUGUGGAUUAGGGCGUGGACGGCGGAGGAAAACCGUCACGGUGAUUUGUUGAACAAGUAUCUUUAUCUAACUGGUCGUGUUGAUAUGCGACAUGUUGAGAAAACUAUACAAUAUCUAAUUGGUUCUGGUAUGGAUUCGAAAUUUGAGAACAAUCCUUAUAAUGGAUUCAUCUACACAUCAUUCCAAGAGCGAGCUACUUUCAUCUCUCACGGCAACACGGCGAGGCUAGCCACAACUUACGGCGAUAAAACCCUCGCCAAAAUCUGCGGCACAAUCGCCGCCGACGAGAAGCGACACGAGACGGCUUACACGAAGAUCGUGGAGAAGCUAUUCGAGAUCGACCCAGACGGAUCUGUUCAGUCAUUUGCAAGCAUGAUGAAGAAACGGAUCACGAUGCCGGCUCAUCUUAUGCACGACGGAAGAGAUAACGAUCUGUUCGAUCACUACGCCGCCGUCGCACAACGAAUCGGAGUUUACACGGCGGCGGAUUACGCCGGGAUACUCGAGUUUCUGUUGCGGCGGUGGAAGGUGGAGAGUUUGGGAUUAGGGUUAUCAGGGGAAGGGAGAAGAGCACAGGAGUAUCUGUGCACCUUGCCGCAGAGGAUCAAGAGGUUAGAGGAAAGAGCUAACGAUAGGGUCAAACUUGGGUCAAAACCCUCUGUUUCAUUUAGCUGGGUUUUUGGUAGAGAUGUGGAGCUAUAG